GACUGCACGAGCGGCUUCCGCCACAUCAUGGCGUCACUUCCGGCGGCGCCAACUUCCCCUUCCGUCCGCCUCGUUGCCGGCAGCUGCCGUUGCCGCCGUUGCCGCCAAGCCUGGGAAACGCGCGCGCGCUGGGGCUGCUUCCGGAAAACCCGAUCCCAGGGCAGAAGCAGUCCCGCUUUUCAGCCUCUGGACGCUGCCCCGACCCCAGAUGACCGCACGGACCCAAUGAGGAUGGAGACCCGGGACUCCGCCGGCCACGGCUCGGGGUUCAAGGCCUUCCCCCUGCCGCCCCGGGCCGGGCUGCGGGACGUGCUCUGCCCACCCAGCACCAAGUUUUUACCAAACAAGACCAGCAGUUUCGCUUGCCCAGCUGGAAAUGCCUCGUGCGCUCUCAAUUACAGCCAAGAAGUCCCGUGCCCUGAGACCUACCGGACAGCAGCAGAGCCACAAGGGUUUGGGUGCAGCACCAACGGGCAGUGGAGGGGGCUGGUGCCCACUCCGAGCUCUGCGCUGCCAAAGCCGAGGCUGAGCCGUGGCUCUUACCUUGAGGCUCGCAAAAACCCCAGUGGGACAUCCAACAGUUUUGUAGGAAAGUCCAACCACCAUUGCCAUGGGUCGGUGUUUCCUAUCAAACCUGCCCAGAGCCCUUCCUGGAGCGGUCCGUGCCGCCGCAGCCUGCUUAGCCCAAAGAAAACUCCGCGGCGGUUCAUCAGCACUGCAGAAGAGACUGUUCGAGAGGAAGAGCGAGAAAUCUACAGGCAGUUGCUUCAGAUGGUCACAGGAAAGCAGUUUUCCACGUCCAAGCCCUCCUCGCUAUUCCCCUUCCAUCUGUCCAGGUGCUCAAAUUCCAGCAAAACUAUAGUGAAAGAAACUCCCAGCAAGAACUCAAAGCUGUUUGAAGCUCACAGCAUUGCACCAGCCAGUUCAGCAACCAGCGUUCUGGGAGCGCAGGAGCAGCCAUCGCACAAACCACCGCUCUACUCCGCGCCCAGCUAUCCCUCCAGUAUCUUUGAGUCCCAUAACUCCACAGCCCAGCAUCAGCAAGAAAACCUACCAGCAUCCAGCACUCAGUCCGAAGGCUCAGACUCGGUCAUUUUGCUCAAAGUAAAGGAUUCCAGAACCCCAGCUCCAAGCCUCCCAUUCUUCCAGGCAGAACUGUGGAUCAAGGAAUUGACUAGUGUCUACGACUCCCGCGCUCGGGAGAGGUGGCGGCAGAUUGAGGAGCAGAAAGCACUGGCCUUACAGCUGCAGAGCCAGCGGUUGCAGGAACAGGAACACUCGGUGCAGGAUCUGGUGGAUUUGAACCUUCGCGUACCGCUCGAGAAGGAAAUCCCGGUCACAGUGGUCCCGGAAAAGAAGGAGGGCGCGAAGUCAGCUGAUGGCGAAGAGGAGUUCCCUGAAAUCACAGAGGAAAUGGAAAAGGAAAUAAAGAACGUAUUCCGAGGUGGGAAUCAGGACGAGGUCCUCAGCGAAGCUUUUCGGUUAACGAUCACUCGGAAAGACAUUCAGACCCUGAACAAUCUGAACUGGCUCAACGACGAGAUAAUUAAUUUCUAUAUGAAUUUGCUGAUGGAGCGGAGCAAAGAAAAGGGUUUGCCAGCAGUUCAUGCAUUCAAUACUUUCUUCUUCACCAAAUUAAAAACAGCGGGGUACCAAGCUGUGAAAAGAUGGACUAAAAAAGUGGAUAUCUUCUCAGUGGAUCUCCUCUUGGUGCCUAUUCAUCUGGGAGUGCACUGGUGCCUAGCAGUUGUCGACUUCAGGAAAAAGACCAUCACCUACUAUGACUCCAUGGGCGGAAUAAACAGCGAAGCCUGCAGGAUACUGUUGCAGUACUUAAAACAGGAAAGCCUUGACAAGAAAAGGAAAGAAUUCGACGCCAACGGGUGGUCGUUGCUGAGUAAGAAGAGCCAGGAGAUCCCGCAGCAGAUGAACGGCAGCGACUGCGGGAUGUUCGCCUGCAAAUACGCCGACUGCAUUACCAAAGACAAACCCAUCAACUUCACCCAGCAACACAUGCCCUAUUUCCGAAAGCGAAUGGCCUGGGAGAUCCUGCACCGCAAGCUGCUCUGAUGCCGCCGUGCCCAGCGCCGCUUCCUCGUGCGAUCGUCUCAGAAGUGCCCAGCUGUGCCCUGCUCGGCGCCUGGACCUGCCCAGGGCUUCAAAGAAACAGCAGAUGAACUCUGUAUGUUAUUUUUGAUAAAAAAAAAAAAAACACCAUUCACGGACCAAUGCGCAAUAGAGAUGUUCAGAAGCACACUUGCCUUUUUUUUUUUUUUUCCUUUUUUUUUUUUUUUUUUUUUUUUUUUUUUUGUAUUUGAAGACCUAUUUUUACAAGCGUUUUCAGGUGCUGAGAUUCGAGGGGGGCAGCUUUGGCCAUGGGAGGAACUUUAUUUUUCUGCUUUUUCAGCCCUUUUUGCGGCCAUCUUGGUGCCGAUGGCGUCACUCCGGGGGUGCGUGUUUGUGGGGGGGGGGGGAUUUCAGGGAAGGAGAAAGCACUUAACGUGGGUCUGGGUGCUCGGUGCUCUCAGCUCUGCUCCCUUCGAAGUGAUGUGGGCAGAAGUGUAUUUGGGGCGGAUGCGGGGAGAGCUUGCCCUUAAAAUGCAGCGUAGAACGAGCAGCUGGGAUCUUCAUCAGUUGAAGCAGGAGGGGGUUCAGCCCCUUUUUGCCUACGGAAGUGGCUCUGCUCUGGAGCCUUUCUGCUGCAUCUUCUCCCCCCGUGUCCCCCCCCGCGUUUCGUGGGGCAGCUCUGGGGCUGCCCUGGAGGGCUCUGCAGGAGCUGGGGGGGCUGCAGGCAUGGCUUCAUUUUUGUGCAGAGCCCCUUCCCCGCCCGCAGACCCCAUCUCCCCGUUGUUGAGCUCCGACUGUUUACAGAAACUUCAGGUACACGUUGGACGGGCGCCGAGCAGAGCCAGCGCGGCCACGUUGCUCCGUGCAGCGCCCGAGCGUUUUUCAGAGCAACAAAGAACAAAGUCUGCGUGCGUGCGCUUCUCCUCCGCGCGGGGGCUGGGGCUUCGCCACCUUUGUCCUUGCGCGGCGGCCCCGGCCGCGCGGGAUGAGUCGCUGCCCUCGCUGUGAUAUUUUGCACAUGUUUCACCCGGGGGCUGGGGGUGGCGGGGAGGGGGGGGUGGAUGCUGACACAAGGUCAGAGGUUGCAGCGUCCGCUCGAGCGGUGCUUCCAACGGGACCCGGGGCCUCCGGCGCCCGCCUCCGCCAUGGGAGAGGGGGAACAUUCAUCAGCACCCAAAGCAGCAGCCGGGAUCGGGGCCCUCGAGGCUGCCGGGCGUUUUACCCCGAGCUGCUGGGGCUGGGCCGGGGCCGUGCUGCUGCUUUCCCCUGGUUUAAUUUAUUCUCAAGUGCGAUGUGGGAGGAAGCGGCCGUGCGCGCCAGGCUUCCCCAGCAGCUGACCCUGGUUCUGUUCUCUCGUGUCCGUAACCUUUGUAAGCCUACGGAAAGAAUGGAAUAACGUCCACUUUUGUAUUUUUGUCUCCGGGUGGAGGGGGGGGGAGGGUGACAUUUUAUACAUUUUCUGUACCUGUAAGCAGUAGUUUUGUACAAAACUUGGCCCUUCUUCCCAGGUUGUGUUCUUUGUAUGCUGGUUUGGGUCCCCCCCCCCCCUCCUCCCUCUCCCCUCUGUGUGUUUUAUACCGAGUUCCAUUUAUUACCUUUUUCUAUCUUUUACCGCAAGUAAAGAUCUGAGAGGAGA